GUGAAGCCAGCUUGCGGACUCACGCUGUAAAGGCUAGUAUCGAAUCGUCGCUUUUACGAUCCACCUUGUUUUUUGUCGUUAGUUUUCUUAAAAGAUAACUAGGAAUCGUGCUUAUAUGUUUCAAUGGCGUCAGGCCAGGCGAAGAUCAUAAAGCCACAUGGUGAGCAACCUGAUGACUUUGAGAAGACCGUAUCACAGGCAUUACUGGAACUAGAAAGCAACACAGAUUUGAAGGCUCAAUUGCGAGAGCUUUUCAUCACUAGCUCAAAGGAGUUCGACAUUCAUGGUAGAAAAGUGAUUGUUAUCUUCGUUCCUGUCCCACAGUUGAGAUCAUUUCAACGAAUUCAGACGAGACUGGUGCGUGAGCUGGAGAAAAAAUUCAGUGGCAAACAUGUCCUUAUCAUUGCUCAGAGACGGAUCUUGAGGAAGCCAACCAGAAAAUCAAGAGAAAAGCAACUGAGACCGAGAAGUCGUACUCUGACAGCAGUCCAUGAUGCAAUUUUGGAAGACCUUGUAUUCCCGUCCGAAAUCGUUGGCAAGAGAAUCAGAAUUCGACUAGACGGAUCUAGACUGAUCAAAGUGCACCUGGACAAGAAUCAGCAGACGAAUCUGGAACACAAGUUGGACACGUUCUCUGCAGUCUACAAGAAGCUUACAGGAAAAGAAGUCGUCUUUGAGUUUCCAAUGUACGAACCUUAGCUAUGGAACUUCAACGUGUGUAUGUAGUGCAAUUUGUUGCCAACAAAUAAACUAAGAACGAAA